CCCGCCGCCGCUCGGGCAGGAGAGCUGCGGACGGGGGAGCGCUGCCGCGGAAGCCUGCGGUCGCGUCGCCGCGCUCCAUGGGGAUCGAGAGCUUCUGCAGCGCGGACGCUUCCGAGCCCUUCUGGGAUUGGAAUCUGACAUGGCACACAGAAGAUCCAGAUUUCACCCCGUGCUUUCAGAACACAGUCCUGGUGUGGAUUCCUUGUGUUUACCUGUGGCUCUGCUUCCCAGUGUACUCCCUGUACCUCCGCCGUCAUGACAGGGGGUACAUCCAAGUGUCCAACCUCAACAAAGCCAAGACGGCUUUGGGUUUAAUACUCUGGAUAGUCUGCUGGGCAGACCUUUUCUACUCUUUCUGGGAAAGAAGUCAAAAUAUUUUUCGAGCUCCGUUUUUUCUCAUUAGCCCUACAAUUUUGGGUAUAACAAUGUUGCUGGCCACAUUUUUAAUACAAUAUGAAAGAAUAAAAGGAGUACAGUCUUCAGGUGUAAUGACGAUUUUCUGGUUCAUCUCAUUGUUAUGUGCCACAGUGAUUUUUAUAUCCAAAGUAAAACAUGCCUUAAAUAUGGGUGCUGAUGAGGAUGCAUUUCGUUAUGCCACCUUCUGCAUCUACUUUGUCCUGGUGUUAGUAGAGCUCAUCCUGUGUUGUUUUCCAGAGCAACCACCUUUGUUUUCUGAAACAGUAAAUGAUCCUAAUCCAUGUCCAGAGUUCAGUGCUUCUUUCCUCUCCAGAAUCACAUUCUGGUGGAUCACUGGGUUGAUGAGUCAGGGUUAUCGGAGCCCUUUGGAAGCCAAGGAUUUGUGGUCAUUAAAUAAAGAGGACAAAUCAGAGGAAAUAGUGCCAGGUUUGGCUAGAAAUUGGGCAAAAGAAUGGUCAAAGACCAAGAGGCAACCACUAAACAUGCUGUAUGCGCCCAAAAAGCAGCAAAAAUCAGGUGACUCAAAUGCUGAUGUGACAGAAGAGGUUGAAGCUUUGAUUAUAAAACCAUCUCAGAAGAGCUCUGAAGCAUCUUUAUUCAAGGUGUUAUACAAAACCUUUGGACCAUACUUUCUCAUGAGCUUCCUUUUUAAAGCUGCACAUGAUCUCUUGAUGUUUUCAGGCCCGGAAAUUCUGAAAUUGCUGCUCAACUUUGUAAACAACAAAGCUGCCCCAAACUGGCAAGGCUACUUUUAUACAGUGCUGCUGUUUGUUUGUGCCUGUCUUCAGACACUGAUUCUUCACCAGUAUUUUCAUAUUUGCUUUGUAACUGGAAUGAGGCUCAAAACAGCCAUUGUUGGUGUAAUUUAUCGAAAGGCACUUGUUAUCACAAAUUCUGCUAGGAAAACUUCUACUGUGGGUGAGAUUGUGAAUCUGAUGUCUGUGGAUGCUCAGAGAUUCAUGGACUUGGCUACCUAUAUAAACAUGGUUUGGUCUGCCCCUUUCCAGGUGAUGCUGGCACUGUACUUGCUGUGGCGGAAUUUAGGUCCUUCUGUGCUGGCAGGUGUGGCUGUCAUGGUCCUUCUGGUUCCAAUAAAUGCUGUGAUGGCAAUGAAGACAAAAACCUACCAGGUGGCUCAAAUGAAGAGCAAAGACAACAGAAUUAAGCUGAUGAAUGAAAUUCUCAAUGGGAUUAAAGUUCUGAAACUUUAUGCUUGGGAAUUAGCCUUUAGAGAGAAGGUAUUAGAGAUCAGACAGAAAGAACUCCAAGUCCUAAAAAAAUCUGCUUACCUUGCUGCAAUGGCAACCUUCACUUGGGUCUGUGCUCCAUUUUUGGUUGCCCUGUCCACAUUUGCUGUGUAUGUCACAGUAGACAAGAAGAACAUCUUGGAUGCUCAGAAGGCCUUUGUUUCUCUGGCAUUAUUCAACAUCCUCAGGUUUCCACUGAACAUGCUUCCUAUGGUCAUCAGCAACAUAGUAGAAGCCAGUGUCUCCUUGAAGCGCCUCAGGGUGUUCCUGUCUCAUGAAGAGUUAGAUCCAGACAGCAUAGUCAGGGGUCCCAUCAAAGAGGCUGAAGGAUGCAUUGUUGUGAAGAAUGCAACGUUUAGCUGGGCCAAAACUGAUCCUCCUUUGCUGAACAGCAUUAAUUUCACUGUUCCUGAAGGCUCCUUGGUGGCUGUUGUUGGUCAAGUUGGCUGUGGAAAGUCUUCACUUCUGUCUGCAUUACUGGGGGAGAUGGACAAAAAGGAAGGCUACGUGGUUGUCAAGGGCUCUGUAGCCUACGUUCCUCAGCAAGCCUGGGUCCAAAAUGCAACUCUGGAAGAUAACAUUAUCUUUGGAAGGGAGAUGAGUGAGAGCCGGUACAAGCGUGUGAUUGAGGCUUGUGCCCUGCUGCCUGAUAUAGAGAUUCUUCCUUCAGGAGACAAAACAGAAAUAGGAGAAAAGGGUGUGAAUUUGUCUGGAGGACAGAAACAGCGAGUCAGUCUUGCUCGGGCAGUUUACUGCAAUGCAGAUGUCUAUUUACUUGAUGAUCCUUUAUCAGCUGUUGAUGCUCAUGUUGGGAAACAUAUUUUUGAAAAAGUUAUCGGACCAAAAGGAAUCCUGAGAAAUAAAACACGUGUUUUGGUAACCCAUGCAAUCAACUAUCUGCCUCAAAUGGAUACCAUUCUGGUAAUGACUGAUGGAGAAAUCUCUGAGAUGGGCUCUUACCAGGAGCUGCUGGAGCAAGAUGGGGCUUUUGCUGAGUUUCUUCGUACCUACGCCAAUGCUGAACAAACCAUGGAGAACAGUGAUACAAACAGUCCAUCUGCAAAGGAAGGCAAGCCUAUAGAAAAUGGAGGCCUUGUAAAUGAAGCCCCUGGGAAGCUGAUGCAUAGGCAACUCAGUAACUCUUCAACAUACAGCAGAGAUGCUGGGAAGCCACAGCACCAGAGCAGCACAGCAGAGCUGCAGAAGCCUCUUGCUGAGAAGAAUUCCUGGAAGCUGACAGAGGCUGACACAGCAAAGACUGGGAGGGUAAAGGCAUCAGUGUACUGGGACUACAUGAAAGCAAUUGGACUCUUUAUGUCUUUCUUGGCCAUUUUCCUCUUUAUGUGUAAUCAUAUAGCCUCCUUGGCUUCCAACUAUUGGCUGAGUUUAUGGACAGAUGAUCCUGUUAUCAAUGGGACACAGCAGAACACAACUCUCAGACUGGGAGUAUAUGGAGCACUGGGAAUUUCUCAAGGUAUUGCUGUGUUUGGCUACUCAAUGGUUGUGUCAAUAGGAGGAAUCUUUGCAUCACGACACCUGCACCUUAACCUGCUGCACAAUGUGCUCAGGUCUCCAAUGAGUUUUUUUGAGCGUACUCCUAGUGGGAACCUGGUGAACCGUUUCUCCAAGGAGAUAGACACCAUUGACUCCACCAUUCCACCCAUCAUCAAGAUGUUCAUGGGCUCCACAUUUAACGUGAUUGGGGCCUGUAUCAUCAUUCUGCUGGCCACACCUAUAGCUGCUGUCAUCAUUCCACCUCUGGGACUUGUCUACUUGUUUGUGCAGAGAUUUUAUGUGGCCACUUCACGGCAGCUGAAGCGCCUGGAGUCUGUCAGUCGUUCUCCCGUGUAUUCCCACUUCAAUGAGACUCUCCUGGGAGUCAGUGUCAUCCGAGCCUUUGAGGAGCAGAAACGUUUCAUCAAGCAGAAUGACAUGAAGGUGGAUGAGAAUCAGAAAGCUUAUUACCCAAGCAUUGUUGCAAACAGGUGGCUGGCUGUCCGUCUGGAGUAUGUGGGGAACUGCAUUGUCCUGUUUGCAGCGCUGUUUGCAGUGAUUGCGCGCAACAAACUCAGCGCAGGGCUGGUUGGCCUCUCGGUGUCCUACUCACUGCAGAUUACAGCAUACUUGAACUGGCUGGUUCGCAUGUCCUCCGAGCUGGAAACCAACAUUGUUGCUGUUGAAAGAGUCAAAGAAUACUCUGAAAUGGAGAAGGAGGCUGAGUGGAGCAUUGAGCAAACAGCCCCAGCCAGUAGCUGGCCCGAGGAGGGGAAGGUGGAGUUCCGAGGCUACGGUCUGCGCUACCGUGAGGACUUGGACCUGGUUCUGAAAAACAUAAAUGUUACCAUCAGUGGGGGUGAAAAGAUUGGAAUAGUUGGAAGAACAGGAGCUGGAAAAUCCUCACUUACUUUGGGUUUGUUUCGGAUUAAUGAAGCAGCUGAAGGUGAAAUUAUUAUUGAUGGGAUUAAUAUUGCAAAGAUUGGGCUCCAUGACUUGAGGUUCAAGAUCACCAUCAUCCCUCAGGAUCCAAUAUUGUUUUCUGGCUCUCUGCGUAUGAACCUUGAUCCUUUUGACCAACACUCUGAUGAAGACAUUUGGAGGUCUUUGGAAUUGGCUCACCUGAAAAACUUUGUGUCAUCCCUUCCUGAUAAACUGAAUCAUGAAUGUGCUGAGGGUGGUGAGAACCUCAGUGUGGGGCAGCGCCAGCUGGUGUGCCUGGCACGAGCUCUGCUCAGGAAGUCCAAAAUCCUGGUUCUGGAUGAAGCCACAGCUGCUGUUGAUCUUGAAACAGAUAAGCUCAUACAGUCAACUAUAAAGUCUCAAUUUGAAGAAUGUACUGUGUUAACUAUAGCACAUAGGCUGAACACAAUCAUGGACUACACGAGCUGCCUCUGCACAGAGCUGCUGGAAUCCCUGUUUUGAGGGAUAGGGUAUGUGUGUUCUGGCUUGUGGUGGCUGUGCUUGGCCUGGGAGCUCCUCCUGUCCCUCUGUCACACUGUUGUGCUGCUGCUGUUGUGCUGCUCCUGCCUGGGCAAACUGGGAAGGGGAGAGAGGCAAGACAAGUUCCUGGGUCUUGCCAUAAUUUAGGCACAGACAGCAUAAGGAGUCCAAAGGGGCAGAUCCUGCCCUCUGAAGUUGAUUUGGUGUUUCACUUUCCAUCCCUUCUGGUUAUAGUUCAUACAGCCUCCCUCAUGCUUGGCUGCCUUGCUGAGGUGCAGUUGAGGGCCGGGUUGUUGUCAUCUCAUAUUUCAAUUUUAGGCUCUCUUGUCCCUUUUCCCACAGAAUGGCAAAGUGACCAGUGGUAGGAUUUCAGUGUACCUUUGUACCCUGUGUUUGUGGUGUCAGUAGUGACAGAUCAGAGAGAGGAGCACUGCCAGCAGGGGAGCACCCAACUCGGCUGUGGCAGUGGUGCCACCAGGCAGCAGCCCCUGCCAGGGGCUUGGUGACCAUCUCUGCAGUGCCUUGCCAUCUGUGGGGGAAGCUGGAACAGUGCUUGAACAGUGAGCUGACCACUGACUUGGUGGACUUCCUUGUGCCAGUUGCAUGUUUUUGUUUUGUCACAGAAGGUGUGUAAUAGCAGCUGGUGUGGAGAGGUGGUAAGGGAAGGUUAUCCCAGCUCUUGCAGGGUCUUACAGGCCCUCACACCUUGACAAGUGCUGCCAGUUCACUCCUGGCUCAGAGCACAGUCCAGAGUCUCCCCUGCAGGAGGAGAUGGGUAACCAUGCACUGUGUCUGCAGAUGGCUGGGUAGCCAUGUGCUAUAUAAACAAUGCACCACACAGAUCAUCUGCAGAGAGGUGGGCAAGGACAGGAAACCUCAGCCUGUUCACACAGUCAGCACUGUCUUCAUUUGCAAUAACAGCUGCAGUCUCUGUACUCAUAUAUCCAUGUUCACUGGCUUUCUGGAUCAUCUUGUGACUUUUUUUUUUUUUUUCCAUCUCCUUACAGAGUUUUAGUCCUGGAGAGAGGAGAAGUGGUGGAGUGUGGUACCCCAGACCAACUACUUCAGGAAAAAGGCAUUUUCUAUAGUAUGGCCAAAGAUUCAGGCUUGGUGUAGCAUUUGAACUUGGCUAUUUACUGUGGGGAAGAGGGAGGUGAUCCAUUUGCAGAACUGUAACUUCUCCUGAGCUGGACGGAACCCGAACCAUACAGCUGAGUUUCAGACACAGUGAAGUUAACUAGAGCAUGGCAAUGGAAGCAACAUAAAGAUGCAAUUUUUUUCUUGUUUUUUAUUUCUCCUUAGUAUUGAUUUUAGCCGCCUAGGAGAAGCUCAUGCACUGUGCAAGACACUUCAGAGACUCCUGUUUUUUGCCUGAAAUCUGCCAUUAUACGCUCAAAUGUACGGCAGAGUGAUUAAUCAGAGAAAUUCAGAAAAGCUUUUUUCUUCUCAUCUUCUCUUAUGUUCUGUAGUUCUCUCUCCCCCCACCCUUUUUUAAACAUUUUUGCAAGCGUUAGUUAUUUGCUUGUUUGUGGAUUCCUCAUUUCAUGAGCCGUCUAUUGUGGGAUGCACUCGGAACAUUUUGUGACAUAUAGUACUAUAGUCCAAAGAUUUUACUUCUUGUGAAAUAAAAUAUGUGCCAGACUUUCUCAUUAUGGCAUUUACUGUACAUGGUUAAUGCUUUAUGCAUUGUCCUAAAGGUUUCAUGUGUUUACAGCGUAGAGCAGCAAGUUCACUGUCAUGUCAGUAGUGCUGAUGUGAAAAAGCACAGUCAACUUCCAAGCAGUAUUUUAGCGUGUCUAGAAUGACAAUCAUUCCAGAACCAAAUGGUGCAGCGUUGCUGUGUGCAGUCCCUGAUCUUACACCCAGCUCACUCAGGAAUUCCAGCUGGGGUGCCCAGUGCUGGUGACACCUGUGGGGAUGAGGCUGAGCAGUGAGGAUUCACCUGAGCAGAGGCUGCGGGCUCAGGGUGACGUUGAUUGUAACACCCUUGACUUUGGCAGUUCUGUGCUUUCAUAGCAGCUCUGCCACAUCAAGGACCAUUAGCCUUAUAUCAAAGAAACAUGCCCUUCAUGCUGCUGCUGUUGACUCUUAAGUUUUGUGGGAAAAUGUUCUGUUGUUUAAAAAGAAUAAUUAGUGUUUUUAAAGGCGUAUGUCGGAAGGGUCUAACAAAAUGGCAGUGGAGUCUGGUUGAACUUUCAUCUUUUUGUGGUAAGAAAAAAGUUACUUUUCUAAUGUUCUGAUUAGUCUUAUUUUAAAGGAAAAUGCUGGAAGAAAGCAAACUAAGUCAGAUGGAUCCAGAUACUCAGCACUGAGAAUGUGGACUUCUGUGACUGAUAUUGCUGACCUUAAUACUAGACAAUUGUUGUCCUUAGAGUAAAGCUAUUUAUUUUUUUUUGUAAAUUAUGACUCUCUGAAAUUGAAUAAAAUGAAAAUUUCUUUGGUAUUUUUUGUAAUGACAAUGCAAAUAUUUGCAAAGAACUUGCAGUAAAAAAUUGUUUGAAAGAAAA